GUGAUGGUUAAGGACCCAGUGACCUUUGAGGAUGUGGCUGUGGAAUUCACCCAGGAGGAGUGGACUUUACUGGAUCAAACUCAGAGAAGGCUGUGCAGAGAUGUGAUGCUGGAGAACUACAAGAGUCUGGCUGCAAUAGAUUGGGAGAUUUGUCUUAAUACCAAAAGUCAGCACCUCAGCAGAAUAUUUUGCAGGGGAAAACACCCAGUGUGGUAGAAAUGGUCUGCUUGCUCAGAACCCUGUCUGGUAAGGAGAGAGACAUACAAGAGGAAGAAUGGCUGCAGGAUUGCUGACAACCUGGUCACAGGAGUCAGUGACCUUUGAGGAGGUGGCAGUGGACUUCUCCCAGGAGGAGUGGGCACUGCUGGAUGCUGCUCAGAAAAUCCUGUACAGAGACGUGAUGCUGGAGAACUACAGGAACCUGGCCUCCCUGGGGUAUCCUCUCUGCAAACACAGUCUGAUCACAGAGGUGAAGCAGGAAGCGCUGGGGACAGAGGAGGGGGGAAUUCUCCAAGGUGCCUGUACAGACUGGGAUAUUCAACUGAAAUCAAAGGAUGGAAUUCCUAUGCAGAAUGUUCCUGGGGAAAAAACUUGCAAUGGCAUAAAACUGGCACCAACUCAACCUGGCAAGAAACCCUUGAAAUUUGAUCAUUGUGGAAAAUUCAUCAGAAAGAACUAUCACUUUACAUGUACAAGAUAUUGUGAGGGAGAGAAAUGCUACAAAUAUAAAGAAUAUGGGAAAGACCUUGGCCACCCCUCAACUCUUAGCAGUCAUGUAAGUACUCACAGUGGAGAGAAAACUCGUGAGUUUAAUGAUUGUGGCAAAGCUUUCAGUCAAGAGGCAUCCCUUAGGAAAUACUUCAGGACUCUCACAGGAGAGAAAUCUCAUGCGUGUAAUCAGUGUCUUAUGUCCUUCAGCUUACACCCUUCCUUUUCAGUACAUGUGCAAAUACCUACUGGAGAGGAACUCUGUGAAUGCCAUGAUCAUGGAGAAAGAGCCUCCCUUGGUGUCCACAAAACAAUGUGUACCAUGGAAGAAAGCUCGGAAUGUAAGGAGCAUGGGAAAGCGUUCACCAGCUCCUCAUCCCUUCAGAAGUGUGUGAGACUUCACGCCAGAGAGAAGCCUUAUGAAUGUAGUGACUGUGGGAAAGCCUUCAUUUUCCAGUCUUCCCUUAAAAAGCACGUGAGAUCUCACACUGGAGAGAAACCUUAUGAGUGUAAUCACUGCGGAAAAUCCUUCAGCCAGAGCUCUCAUCUUAAUGUGCACAAAAGGACUCACACUGGAGAGAAACCCUACGACUGUAAGGAAUGUGGCAAGGCUUUCACUGUUCCUUCAUCCCUUCAGAAGCAUAUGAGAACCCACACUGGAGAGAAACCCUACGAAUGCAGUGACUGUGGGAAAGCCUUCAUUGAUCAGUCAUCCCUGAAGAAACACACGCGGUCUCACACUGGAGAGAAACCUUACGAGUGUAGUCAGUGUGGAAAAUCCUUCAGCACAGGCUCUUACCUCAUUGUGCACAAGAGAACUCAUACUGGAGAGAAAACCUAUGAGUGUAAAGAAUGUGGGAAGGCCUUUAGGAAUUCCUCGUGCCUAAGGGUACACGUGAGAACUCACACAGGAGAGAAGCCCUAUCAAUGUGUUCAGUGUGGAAAGGCAUUCAGCACCAGCACUAACCUUAUAAUGCAUAAGCGAAUACACACUGGGCAGAAAGUAUGAGUGAGAUGACUAUAGGAAAGCCUUUAUUGGGCCUUUACACCUCAUUCCUCAUUUUAGAACUCACACUGAAGAACAGCCCUGUUGUGACCAAUGUAGAAAGCCGAGGCACAAUUCUUGUCUUACACUAUACUGGGACCGAUCUUACAAAUGUUAUUGUUCUGUGAUUGUCUUUUAUCAGUGAGUUUCUCAUCCUGAAAGUGUGACAGCUUGUUAACUGAUGAGUAUUAAAGGUUAUAUGGCACUCUAAUUUCCCCUUAAUCUACAUCACAAAAGUUUUGAUAAAUGAUGUUUUCACCAUAAUUUAGUACUAAAUGUGCAAUCCUCAUCAAGAUGCCUUGGACCUGUAGGUUAUUUAGAAAUGUGUUUUUUAAUGUGCAGACUCUGCAUAUUUUAGUUACGUUUUUAUAGAUUUUUAAUUUAAAUUGGAUGAUACACAAAUGUGUGGUCUUCAUGAUGUAGAUUCUGUAUGACAUUAUUCAAACAAAGUUGUUGGAGACUUGCUGUGUGGCCCAAUGUGUUAGAUACAAUGAGUAUCCCCAGAUCCAUUCCUCCGUCCCUUUCCUAAAGUAACAAAACUACAAUUGUAUCCAAGUUGGCAGUGUGGACAAUUUUUUAAGGAACUCUCUCAACUUUCUUUGCUGCCGUGAGUGUCCAUGAGCCCAUGGUUCUGGCCAGUGAGAAACAGGCAGAGGUCACUGCUUGUGGGUUCUAAAGAAGCCCAUGGCAAUGGGAGUAUCUCAGCUACAUUUUCUCUUCACCAUUUGCCCUGUGUCUCAUCUCUUUUUCUUUCCUAGAAAACAGACCAAGGGGAAGAUAGUCAGAGGCUACUAAUUCUACACAGGGACAUACAGUAUUAUUUGGCUGUACCCGCCUUGGGUUGCUUAUUUCUGGGUUUCAUAUAACAUGAGAAGAAUAAACUCCUAACUGAUGUAAACCACUCUGGAGGGAAGAUUCUGUUACAAGGGAUUUCAGUUAACUGAUAACAUCUCAUAUGUGGUCAAGUUUAAUGAAUCCUUUAAGUAUGGUUGAAAACAAUGCCUAUUCUGUAAUUAUUUGGUAUAAUCAGUGUGUCUGAUGAGUCAAUCUUUUGUGUUUUUAAAAUUUGUAUCAUUACAAACCUUUUCUCCUCGUUUGUCCUUUAUUAAUGUGUCAUUAUCACUGUGGCUAGUCAGAUUGUUUUUUUAAAUUCUGUCUCACUUUGAGGCACUAUAGCUAGAUGCAUACAAAUGUAGUCACUU